UAAUUCACUGGAGAAUUUUGAUUCUGCUGCAUGCUUUUUUGUGUGUAGUUUUGCUGAUUCACAGACACUUAACACAUAAUUCCCCCUGCAGCCCUCCUGCCACUGUCCCAUCACAAAGUGUAUAAGACAUUAUGUGAAGUAAUGAAUACUCCAUGAGAAGGCUGGUCAGAGAGGAUAAGAGGCUGCACUGUGCAGUCAGUUUGCUGCUUGCACUGAAGGGGAUUUCAGCUCCCCGGCUUCAAACCCAGAGUCAGGGGGGUCACAGUCUGUUCGAGAUAGCAGUUUGUGUGUGAGUGACUGUGUGAGUCACUGCAUUAUGCCGACACACGAGACGCCAUAUGUUUCCACCGAGUCCACUGAAGAACAAAUGUGGCGUCCUUUUUCAUGAGAGUUCCCACCAGCGUCUGUUUUCUCACUCACUCCAUGUGUGGGUUAAUGCAGCAAGAAGCAGCAAGUCCACAUCAAUUAUAUUGUAAAAAAAAAAUUAAAUGAGACACCUGUUUAUGGCGUCCACGCAGAAUGAAAAAAAGUGUCUAAUUUAAAAAGUGGGUGCAACAUUGCACGUGGAAACUGGUGGGUUCAUCAGUUCAUCAGAGGAAAUGCCAGUUUCAUGGUGGACAGAAAAGACCUUUGAAGCAGCAUUUUGAUCAGGCAACAUCAGAAACACUCACUUGAAACCAAUACCCAUAAAUCCCAUAACACCCUGUGGACUUGGAUGAAAAUAGUAUUACAAGAAAACUCCUAACUCAAGGUCCACUUGACCUUUCUGGCUUUCUUCAAAAGCUUUCAACUGCAUCUCGUGGACCUUCUCAACUGUUUGCUCACUCGUCAUGCUAAAUUCCAGGAAUUAAUAUAAAAUUAAAAAUACAAAAGAUCCAACUAAACACUGAAAAACACACUUCAUACUGGCAGUGCUUCCCCUACCUAAGUUCAGCCUUUUAACAAUCACAUCUUCCUCCUCCCUCCCUCAACACAACUUUGGCAAACUGAAAAAAAAAAAAAACAAUUCUUACUCUCGCGAUAGUAGCGUGCUUAAGCAGCCGCCAUAUUCUAUGACAGUAUUUUGAUUCGUAUCUGCUGGAAGUAAGGAAAAAGAGAAAAGUGAAGGGCUAUCGAGGGGAGGGGGGCAGAAGAAGAGGAGCUGUCAAAAACGUAUUCCCGAGUCUCUGUCAAACGGCGGAGGGCUGAGGCUCGGUAUCCCUCCCCUAACGCUAUUUCGAGGACACUCAGGGCCCGGGGCCUUGGUGCGGUUGGCUCUUCGUCUCCCUGGUAGUAGCUGGACCCCUCUCGGCUUCUCCCUUCCCAGCUCCGCGGCCCUCUGGAGGUCCGGCGGCGGUCUCGGGUGUUGAAGGCGGCCCGGGGAGCGGCGGCGGCAGCGGAGACUGGAAAGUAAGUUGCAUUAAGAGGAUGUUCAAGAUGAAGGCGACUUGCUGCCACGACUGAUGCUCCAGUGUGCUGAACAGAACGAGCAGUCCUGACCUGGCAACACACGAAUGGCCCAGGGAAGCCAACAGAUUGACAUUCAGGUUUUGCAUGACCUGCGCCAGAAGUUCCCUGAAGUUCCAGAGGGUGUUGUCUCCCGGUGUGUUCUGCAGAACAACAACAACUUAGACGCCUGCUGUGAAUACUUGUCCCAAGUCAGUCCGGGCUACCUGUACAGUGAGGAAGGAAACCUGAGCUUUUCUGACGACCCUAGCUUCACCAGGCUCCGUAAUCACAUGACCCAGCUGAACCUGGGCCUGCAGUCUCAGAAUGUGCAUGUGGCCCCAGUUCGGGACGGCCUGAGAAUGAAUGGCAGUCGGACUCUGGCCCACAGCCUGAGUGACGGGCCCCUCCAGACAGGCCAGGCCCCUAGCAGUGAAUUCUUUCAGCAGGAGCCCCAGUCAGCCCCAGUGCAGGUGCCCUCCAGCCUCAAUGUAUUUGGUGUGAUGGAACCCACGCGCAAACCGCAGCCUCCACAACACCUUGGACUUUAUCCUCUGGGUGUCAAAGGAACAAAUAUGGGUGCCCAGCAAACGCCACGUUUCAACCCCAUUACAGUGACGCUAGCCCCUAAUAUCCAGACAGGCCGCAACACCCCCACUUCUUUGCACAUACAUGGCGGGCCACAGUCAGGCCUAAGCAGUCCACAGGGUAACUCUAUCUACAUCAGGCCCUAUGUUAGCCAGUCUGGUACGACCCGGCAUAACCAGCAACAGGGAAGUAGGGCCCAGUACAGCCCCACUUCCCAGCACCCGCAGCAGGUCUACCAGAUCUCACACCCCUCCUCCCUGUCUGGCUCCUGGUCCGGCCCUCAGCACGCCUCCUCUUCACAUACCUCACAGCACCAGAUCCAGGGCCACCAGACCUCUCAUGUCUACAUGCCAAUCAGCUCCCCCACAAAUCCCCAGGCGCCCUCCAUUCUUCCCACUGGAAGCCAGGCCUCGAGCUCUGGUGUCUCCUCGUGCUCUUCUUCCUCUUCCUCCUCCUCUGUUAUGCCCACCUCCUCUACCAUCAGCCAGUACAAUAUCCAGAACAUCUCCACUGGCCCACGGAAGAAUCAGAUAGAGAUCAAACUUGAAUCUCCUCAGAGGAGCAACUCUACAACCACAACAGCUGUGUUGCGGAAAAGCAGUGGGCCCCGUUCAUCCUCCACCUCCUCUUCCUGCCCUUCCUCUUCGUCCUCCUCAACUGGGGUGGCUACUGUCCCCACCACCCCUCUGUCCAUCGGAUGCCCAGGUCUGAGCCGCAGCCAGCCUACUGUUUACAUCUCUGCUAGCCCACCUACUGCUGCUACCACUCCCUCUGAGGAGGCCGUUGUGGCCUCAACCGGCCCCCGCACCCAACCCAAGUUUUACAUUUCUGCCAAUGCCUCCAGCGACGAUGGUGGGGGUAGAAACCCCCCCACAGUCUACAUCUCAGCUAACCCUCCCUUACAGGGGCCCUCGGGGGCCAGGAACAUGGGAGGCCAAGUGAGCAUGGGCCCUGCCUACAUCCACCACCAUCCACCUAAGUCUCGUCCCUCUGUGGGAGGGGGAGGCACAGCUUCUUCCCCUCGUGUGGUGGUGACUCAGCCCAACACCAAAUACACUUUUAAAAUCACAGUGUCCCCCAAUAAGCCCCCAGCUGUGUCCCCUGGAGUAGUGUCCCCUACUUUUGAGCCCAACAACCUCCUAAGCCUACCAUCAGACCACCACUUUGUGGAGCCAGAUCCCCUCCAUCUCUCAGACCCGCUGUCACCACACAGGGAGAGGCCAAGUGAGCCUCGCAGACUCAGCAUGAGCUCUGAUGAUGCAGCAUACACACAAGCGUUGUUGGUCCAUCAGAAGGCUCGCAUGGAGAGGCUGUGGCACGAGCUGGAGCUGAAGAAGAAGAAGUUGGAGAAGCUAAAAGAGGAGGUCAACGAGAUGGAGAACGACCUGACCAGGAGACGGCUGGAGAGAUCCAACUCUGCCUCCCAAAUUCCUUCUAUUGAGGAAAUGAAGCAGUUGCGAUGCAAAAACAGGUUACUGCAGAUCGACAUUGACUGCCUCACCAAAGAAAUUGAUCUCCUUCAAACAAGAGGACCACACUUUAAUCCCAGUGCAAUCCACAAUUUUUAUGACAACAUUGGAUUCCUCGGUCCUGUCCCACCCAAACCCAAAGGUACUUUAUCUAUUGACUCGGGCAGUAAGAUUGUGAAGCCCAUUGCAGACCAGGAGGAGGAUGAGGGGACGCAGUGGAACUGCACAGCCUGCACCUUCCUCAACCAUCCCGCCCUCAACCGCUGUGAACAGUGCGAGUUCCCACGGCACUUCUGAGCCAACGAGGUGCACCGCUCCCUCCUCUGCCCGCCUGUCUUCUACCAGACUAGAAUAGAAAAAAGCCCGCUCUGUUUCUUUGUUCCCUAUGUGUAUAAAAACUGGGACUGGGCAUAGUCAUUGUGCGGCCUCUUCCCCCCCUUUUUUUGUUGUUGUUUGUUUGUUUGUUUCUUUUUUCUUUCUUUUCUUUUUCCUCUCUAAGGUUUGUAGAAUGCUGUCCACUGAAGGCUUGACUGGAUAGUGUUUACAACUUGUUUCUUCCUAAAGGCUGGCAGAGUCAGAUGAUACCUCACCUUAGAGACUCGAUUGCGUGGGGUCACUUCCCCCUUUUCUGCUCAAUGGGUGACACUUUACCCCCGGGGAUACCUCGCUGCUCCCACUUACAGUAUUACAAGUGUGGCCCUGCAGUGUGACAGCACACAUAUACACACCUACUCACAUGCAUAAACAUAAACACACACAACACAGGUGUCAAUGUGCCUUUUGCUGAUUUGAGAAAUUUGUUUUUCUUCCUCUGUGGUGGCAUGACCAGGAGAUUGGGAACUGUGUUCAGCCACUGUUUGCUAUCUGAAGGGAACUAACAGACUACUCAUGGACUUUAAAGUUUGUUUGCUGUUUCUAGAGGAUGUCAAAGGGGGAGCUGGCAGCGUUGCUGCCACUCAAACGUGCCUCUUGUCCUCCCCCUUCAGUAUCCCUUUUCUGUCUCUUAUGAGUUAAUGAAAAAAAGAAAUUAUGUUGCAUGCUUUGUGUACAGUACACGGAGGCAGAAACUCCCCUUGAGCUUUUUACUGUACAUAAUUUUAGAAUGUGCCUUAAAAGCCUUCUUCCUCACACUAUGAAUCACUUGUAUUUCCUGUAAGUAUAGCUUUAUAGACUUAAUUAACUUUUUUGUCCUGUUUUGUUUCCCUCUUUCAAACAAAUAAGCACCAUGUUCCCUUUUUAAGCUUUUUACUUGAUAUCUGUGAGAGUUGAAGCCUUGCAGAAGGAGUGGAGCAGAGCAGUAAAAACCUUUGCAGUCAUCAUGAAGCUACGUCUGCCAGGUCCGUUCAUCGCUUGUGUAAUUGCUGAGUUACCUGUGUACGAUCUGCAGAUGCAGCAAAGUGGAAGGCGAUGGAGGAGUCUUUGUUUGUUGUGUUUUGUUUUUUUUUUUUUGUUGUUGUUGUUGUUGUUUGUUUUGUUUUCUUUUAUUUCCCUCCAGGACACCAAAUAUGUUCGGGACUGUUGGGGGAGGGAAGGGGUCAAAAAAUAAAAUUACAAACUGCCAUCGUAUCUGACAACUGGAAUGUAGGUUUAAUGUUUGGGGACAACUACACCUCAGUGCAAAGGGACACUCAUUUUCCAGUACAAUCAGGAUGUUAUUGCAGAUUGAUGUCAAGGUGCUACUGGAACAGCUGAUUGGAUCAGAAGUUUCUGUGUUGCUGUGCACCUGAAUUGGGUUUCUGUGAGGUCCAAUGAUCAAAAUCAAUGUUUCUGUUGAAAGGUGUUCCUGUAAUACAGAAAUAUUCAUAUGGGUCCCAUGCCAUGCCUUAAAUACAAUAUGUCAGAAUUGUUACAACAUCUUGGAAGCAGACAAAGGCAAAAAAUAAAAACAAAAAAAGAAACCAAAAAAAUAAUCAAAACCACAUGUUUUUAGCAAAGUGUAAGCACAACAGGAUUCUCCACUUUGUAUACUCUUACUUCAUUUGGCUCAAUUCAUCCUCCUAAGCUUUUAUUGAUGAGGGUGUUUCUAAAGUUUACUUAUUGUCAUUAACUUACCUUAACUGUGGAGUAGUUACUUUUAGUUUUUUUCCACAUUUGUGAAAAGUUGCCUUGCAUUAGUGCCUUUAGAACUAUUGAAUUUGUAUUGAUGAUCUAUUUUGUCACAUCCAAGUGCCAUUUUUAAAACCAAAAUCUUAGUAUUGUACCCAUUUAAAAGUAGGAGAUGAUUUAUUGUCUCUUAAGCACUUACACGAUACCUUUUCCUUUUUCCAACCCUAAGAGAUCAGUUUUCAGCUUUAUCUGCACCUUGGUGUGAAGAGGCAGUUUAUUCAUGUUUUAUUAAAUGGAAAAAAAUAAUUUGGAUAUCUAAAGUGUUUUUCUUUUUUUUCUUUUUUUUUUUUUUGAUUUAGCUGGGAAAACUGUCUUUGUAACAGAUAAGUUAUUUGUAAAAAUAAUAAAAAAAAUAUUCUGAAUGUUU